AGUCUUUGAAAAUUUGGCGUCCUUAUCGAACGUCUUUGGUCUUGGGGUAUGUUGUUGCCUAACGUUGUCAUUUGUUGUCUGUUGACAACUCCCAGAAUUAACACCAUUUAAUUGUAGGACUGUCUUAUGGAGACAUAUUCUCAACUAAAUCGUGCUCAGCUCAGUUAUGACUAUCUCCAUACCAACUCAACGACACAUGAAUUCCUUUUCGGUGCUAUUGCGGAACUUAUUGAUAAUGCACGUGAUGCUGGAGCAACAGAGUUGGACAUAUUCACAAUUAAAGACAGCUCUGUGCGUGGUAACUUUCUUCUCUGCUUUGCAGACAACGGCUGCGGUAUGACACCAGAUGAUGUGAAAAAUGUCAUAAUUUUCGGGAAGUCUUUAAAGAAGUGUGAGGAUACUGCCGCUAUUGGUAUGUAUGGAAACGGCUUGAAAUCUGGUUCUAUGCGCAUUGGAAACGACUUGGUUUUGUUUACUAAAAAGGAUGGUAUUUACACCUGUCUAUUCUUAUCAAGGACUUUUCAUGAAGAAGAAAAACUUGAUGAGGUAGUUGUCCCAAUGCCCUCUUUUAGAGGUCCUGAGAAGACCCCUAUCGCAGAGACUCCCGAGGAUAAGAAAAAACAUGACCUCGAAAUGCAUUUAAUCCUGAAGUACUCACCAUUCCGCUGCCUAAAGGAUUUCUAUGCACAGUUCGAUAAACUUAAAGAGAGUUCAGGAACCGUUGUGAUUAUAUAUAACAUGAAACUUCUUGAUCAUGGAGGACCUGAAUUGGAUGUCACUACGAACCCACGUGACAUUCUACUUAGUCCGGGACCAGAACAAGAAGAAACCGUUGAGCCUGAUGCUGAGGUUAUGCUUCCACCAGAAAGACGUAGUCUUCGAGCUUAUGUGUCAAUUUUAUAUUCUGAUCCACGUAUGAAAGUAUAUUUACAAGGACGAAAAGUCCAAACUAAACGACUGCUAGCAACAUUGCAUAGUACUAGAAAGUAUAAUUUUGCAAGCAAAACCUUUCGUACUAGAGCUGAAGCAGAUUUAGCAAAAGCUAAAAAUGAUGUGAGAAUAGCUGAACUUAGAGCUCAGGAGGCGGAAAGCAAAGCGAGGGAUUGUGAACUUCGUUACCAAGGUUCUGAGGAUCCCGAACAUUUGCGUCAAAUACGUCGUCUUCGAAACACCGCUGCCGACCUACGCGGGGCUGUAGCGAUGCGACAGAAUGUUGUCACGCGCAAAUUAAAAUCAAUCAAGGAUCCGAAAACACUGACAUUUUAUUUUGGUGUAAAUGUUAUGAACCGCGCUUGUGACGGUAUGUUUGUUUAUAAUUGUUCCCGUCUAAUCAAAAUGUACCAACGUAUUGGACCACAACAAGAUUCAAGUAUGAUGUGCCGUGGUGUAGUUGGGAUUGUCGAUGUACCCUAUAUGGUUCUUGAACCUACACAUAACAAGCAAGAUUUUGCUGAUGCUAAAGAAUAUCGUCAACUUAUGCGUGCAAUGGCGGAUCAUUUAAUGCAAUAUUGGGAUGACCUUGGGAUUGAUAAAGAACCAGACAGUUUAAUACGAUUCUGGAAAAGUUUUGGCUAUCUAUCAGCACGCUGGAGAGACCCACCUAGUGUAGAGGAAAAAUAUGCUCGUCGUCGAUGUUGUUCUGUCUCCAUUUGUGUUCAGUGUGGUAAUCAGAUAUUUUUGUUGAGUUUAAUUUUCCUUGAUGAGUGUAUAAGCCCAUUUACACUUAUAGUACAUCUACCAUUUUCACUGUGAAGCUUCACGAAAUUAAUUUGCCGCUUAUUGCGUAAUUUACCUUUUCAACCUCUAAUUUUCCACAUUUUUGAUCUUAGGAGCCAACUUUUAGUGUAAACUCCAGUCGUUUUAGUCAGUAUUUUAUUUUAUCGACUGCACCUUAUAUUUGUUCUCAUCUAGAUAUAAUGAUGGUUCCGUUAAAAGAUCUCGUUUUUUAGUUUUCGGUGAUCCCAUGUUAACAAAGACUUAAAUCAACCUACGAACUUGCUCUUCGUUAUUAAUGUGUAAAGUCUUCAAGAAAAUGGAGAAAAACUGCGAAAAAAAUUAGGAGGAUAUUGUCUAUGACCUAGUUCAGUCAGUCACAACCUAGAACCUGGUAUGUAAGUACAUCGAUUCAAGUCGCCAUACUCCUUUAGUACACCGAGAUGAGAUUCUCAGGCUAGAUAAAAACAGAUGAAAAGUAAAGAGGAGUUAAGAAUCUCAGAGUUUGGGGAAAGACAAUGUGGAAACAUCCGCUCCGUUGCAAACGAUGUUGAGCCGUGCCAUUCAAAUUCUAACAAUUUGAUUACGAUAAUCACUCUAACACUAACCAGCUGCUCUGCACCUAUUAACAUGGCUCAGUUCACUUGUCAGUAACUCUAUGGACUGAUGCCAUGUUUGGGUUUGGCCUCCUCUAUCUUCUUACAGCCUACUUCUACACCAGAAAUCAUCACAUGUUCUGAGCCAGACAGGAUGAAUUUUUGAGCAUUUAUCAGUUCUGUGGGCGCCGAUAAAAUUCACUGAUUUGCCCUAACCUUUUAGCUUAAGGUAUUAGUAGAUAUCACUUCUGUUUCCUUAGCUUUUCGGAUAUCAUACCAAGCCACCUCGGUGUGGUUAUCAUUUUCAUAGUUGACUAGCUGCUCUAGUUGUUCCUGAAAUACAUUCUUAACUUUUUUCAUCAUUGAGUUGAACUCUAAAGAGUUUUCUUGCUGUGGCUUUUCUACACCGAGCAAGACGCAGACAAAUACGUGCUCAAACUAGAGCACGAUCUGAGUGUAAAUAUAUGCUGUAAAAUGAACGAUAGUCUUCAAUAGAGCUCCUCCGACGAUGGCUCAUAACAAUGUACUCUAUUUGAUUCCAUCGAUGAGUUGAUUUUAAAGGUUGCCAUGUCAGACAACGUUCCUCCUUAUGUUUGAGGAUGGUGUUUGCCGAAAAUGGAUGGUUAUCUGAGCAUAGUUGCAACAAACGGUCGCCACUAUCUGUUCUCUGAGCCUCAACACCAUAAGAUCCGCUCAAGUUCCUUUCAGUUUGGUUUAGUUUAUGUAAUUCAGCAAUAAAAUAAUCUGUAACUAUAACGACAUCAUAGCGUUUAGCUUUUAGAUGGAGGUUGGAUAACUUCCCAUAAAAUCCAUCUUUAACUUCAUCCGACCUGCAAUUAAUAAUGGCGCAGGCAUAGAUAACGAAAAGGCAACGGCGUGCGUCCCUAUGUUUUUGAGUUCUUACUGUUCCAUUUGGUCGAACAGCUCACAAGCGACCCUCUAAUGGAAUCGAGUCUAGGAGAUCUUAUUCUGCUUUAUAACUUAAUGCUACAUCUACACCUGCGAGGUUACCUGAAGUAGCAGUGUGGUCUCCAGAUACUAGGACGGGCAAAAUGUGCCGGUUCUUUAUAUUCACAAGUUGGGGUCAAGUGAAUGACUGUACUUGGAUCCUAAAUGACAAAAUAUAAAGUAGUCAUGUAUGUGUCUUUAUCCUUCUUUCGUUUUCAUAACUCUUCAACCAAAAGACGAAAACUCUGUUGCUCAGUUGUCACUGGUUUUGGUUUAGUAUUGUCUCUGACAUUAUCUUAUUCAGCUUUAUGAUUAAACGUAGCACCGCCAGUAGAUACCCAUCUUUUUCAUUCCACAGUAUCACAUAAAACUAUCUAUCUUUCAGGCUUCGCAAAUCAAUCCUGGCGUUAGCGAACUGCACAGAAGCAGUUUUUCAAAUGAUGAAUUACUGGAUAGUUUUAAGUGGAACUAAACUUUAAAUUUAUUUUAAAGAAUCGAGGCAAUUAUUUCGACAAGAUUUAUCUGCUCAUUGUAACAAUUUUGUUGUAUAUUAUAACACACAUUAAUCCGAAUUUGAAAUCGUGAAGUAUGUUUUAAAAGAAAUGUCGUUUCUUUAUUUAUACAGCUGAAUGUCUGUCAGGUAACUGGUCAGCAAGGAAAACAUACUAAGUUGCUUAUCUGCGGUAAAUACACAGAAGUUUGGUGUUUACCAAAAGUAGAUGACCAUCAAUGAAUGAUCCCACUAAUUUGUUAAAAAUUUACAUUUUUAUUUGUCGAUACAAACAUCUUGUGCAAAAUAUCCUAAUCUACACAUUCAAGUUUUUAUAUAAUACCAAAGUAUGUGUCGCAGCUUUGAAUCUUCUGCUUCGUUAGUAUCUUUGUUUGCCUGCCUUUCUAAUGUCUACCAGUUUUAAAUUCUUAUAAAGGGAUCAUUUCAUCUUGUGAAAUGACUGGUGGACAUAAAGUUCAUUCAUUUUUGGUCUAGCAUGUUGCAAAUAUUUGUCUUUAUUAUAUCGAUAUAUUGUGAUACUUUCUAUUUCCUUAUUUUUAAAAAGCAUUACUAUUUUUCAACAAAUUGUAACACUUUUCGAUUAAGUAACCUGUAUGCAUACGCAGUAGAACAUGGUAUUCCUACUUGAAAAAUGCAUUCAAAUCGGAAUCAUUCUAAUGGAUAUUUUAUGGGAUUUCGUAUUACUCUCUGUACAAUCUAUUCAAUUUUUUUAUGUUUUUUCCUCUAACCGACCAUGUAUGAAUUACCCGUGUUUUUAUGAGUUUCAACAUUGUAUAGUUUUUCAUCUUUCAGAUAAAUGCUUAAAAUGGAGAAUACUUCCAUUCUCACAGAGCCUUGUCGGACGCGAUGUUCCAGAUAAUUGGCAAUGUCGUGAUAAUCCAGAUCAUAAACAUAAAAGAUGUGAGGAUCCUGAAGAAGAUAUGAGCCCACCAAUGGGAGUCUUAAAGAGGAAAAUUAAAACUAAGGAACAAAGACAGGCAGAACUCGAAAAACAAAUCCGUAAAAAACAGGAAGAACUUGAACUUAUUCAAGAUCCUGAUGAUGAAAAAGCUGACGAUUCCAGUGCUACUACUCGUAGUGGUCGCUUAAGUGGCUCUGGGAGUUCAGUUCUCUCAAAAUCUCCUCGUAAACGCCCACAUCCACCUCCAACUAUCUCGGAUCUCCCCAAUAAACGGUCUACUCAAUCCUCUUCCAUUUCUCGAGCAAUGACUGUUGCAGAUAAAAAACGUCAAGCUGGAUUGUCAUCAUCAAAUGGCCCUGUAUCGUUAUCGUCCCAAAAACGUACUGGUUUACCACUACCUACAAGUAACCAAAGACAACCACGCCCCAGUGGUCUAGUCCCUAAAGCUCAACAACGGAAUUCAACUACCCCUAAAGGUCGUAAAGUCACAACAGCAGAAAGUGAAAGCAGUGAAGAAGAAGAGACAAGUGAUGAUGGUGAGGAAGAAGAAGAAGAAAAAGAAAUCUCUAAAUCUAUUUCUCGUAACAAACAAACUACAUCCUCCCUUCCAAAAACUAAAAUCAAUACUUCACAAACCCCUGAAAAAAGUCUUCAGAAGACAACUGAUGAAUUAAAUGGCAAACGAUCAACUAAUAAAGAUAAAAGUCCUGCACAAGAUUCAGUCACAAUGCACCAUCGUAAUCGGACUUCAAUAGAUCCAAACAACGGUGAUGCUACAUCUAUAGUAAAUAAGGAUCAAAAUAAAAACAAUGAUUCUAUAGGAAAUAAAUCGAAAGAAUUGAAUUCAACAGUUAACUCUUUAUCAUCCGAAGCUAAUACUGCAAUUAAUAAGAAGAUUCAGGAGAAAUUCAAGGUUUGUCUACGGUAUUUCCUACCCCCUGAAUGGCCAAUGGAAAAAGAUCAAAUUCAUACCCUUACAGAUUCUGAUCUUGCUAGUUUUCCUUUAGAAGACUUCUUCGAUCGCUAUGAACAAGGUCUCCGAUCUCUCUUGGCCACUUUCCAACAAGAAACCAAAAUAUGCUCUGAUCGAUUAACUGAGUUACGAUUCAACGUUUGUGAACUAUUGAAAAAAUAUGAUCCUAGCUUUACUGAACCACUGAGCGACGGUGAAGAAGUUGACAAUUAUAUCAGAAAUUUCCUUAAUAAAGAUUAAUCUAAUUGUAAUAAAGGCAGCCAAACGUGUUUUUAAAAUUAUUGUUGUCAACAAGAUCAUUGUAUACCACUUUUUAUCUCUCAUGUAUUCAGUCACUCCGAAUAAAUUCUCUUUUCCCUCUAAUUUCUUACAUUUUGUAAUUUUCCCAUGCUUUAUUCAUUCCUCUAUUAUUGGAGUGUAUAUGCAGCUAUUGUUAAAUAUUGUGUUUAUUUAUAAACAUAACUACUAAUGUACACCUUAUGAUAUUAUUCUGAUCUUGUUGAAUCUCUCAAACGAUCCUUAAACUUCUUUGUGCAGAUUUUAUUGUUCUUCAGAACUACUAUUAAUUUCACGCUUUAUUAUUUCAGAGGGGACUACAUACAUUUGUCUAUUUAGUACAUAAACAUUCUCUGUAUAUGUCUAUAGAACUUGUUAAUAAUCGUAAUCACUAUAAAGCACUCUUUUUCACUCCACUGUUUUUGUAAUUAUUUCUCUCAUCCCAUCCAUUCAUUUCUUGUUGUUAAUCACUUUGCGAAUGUAUCUUGAUUACAUGUUACUGAAUGGUUUCAUGAAAAAAACGUCAAUCAUGUCAUGCAUUCAUCUCACGUUUAUAUUCCUUUAUUCAUAAAGAUUUGACCACGACCACCAGUAAAUCCACUAUAAUUGCUACCAUUGAUUACUGGGAGAUACUCGUAAAUAAUCGAUUAAUUUGCCAUUAGCUUUAUCGCUGUACAGUCAUCACCAUUUUGUGUUACCCAUUUUUCCUGUCCCUUUCAUGUGUAAUCGUUUCCAAACUAAAGAUUACGAGUUAUCCGGUAGUCUUUUUCCUUAUACACAUGUUUGACAUGCAUAAAAAUUUCGUAUGUUAAUACCUCAUAAUGAUACAAAUGUUUCCCGUGUUUUUAUAAAAUUAAAUUAGUCAAGUAUGUUCUGUCUGUUUGUUUGAAGUUUCUAAAGUACCUAAUGUUGGUUGUAAUGAAAAAUAAACUUAAUUGUCAUAAUCAGUAAUUAGGAAGACAGUCUCUGACUUAGGUUGUGUGAAGGGAAUGGCUACGCGUGAAAUUACAGUGAUCAAUAAGCAUUACUUAGGAAAUAUACUUCUGUCUUAUUGAAAGCAUUAGGUGUCAAUAUGGUGAAUGAACAAAUCAUUCUAGGAUCGUCCAUCCAAAUACAUCGUAUUAGACCGAGUAAGGAUAUAAUAUUACGAGAAAUUGCUUCAUAUAACAAAACGUAACCCUGAGCCACAUUUUUCGGUCCGAUGCUCAGCUUCUCAAUAAGUCACAAGCUCAAACCUUGUUCAACUUAAGAUUUGGCAGCUCCACAGUAUUACUUUUCUACAUACAAACGAUAUAGCUUGAAUAAAUGAAUUAAGUUGAGGGAGGUCAGAGCAAGAUUCAGAACGAUCAGACGAGGACUAAGCACCCGGCCUUUUAAUGAGGAUUCAUUAAUGUUACCUCCCCAC